GCGCACGCGCAGAGCACCGCCCGCUGCGCGCCGCGCCCUCGUCCUCGUCCCCGUCCCGCGGGGCUUCGCGGCCGUGCGCGCGCCACAGGGAGGCAGCGAUGGCAGACGAGAUUGCCAAGGCGCAGGUCGCCCGGCCUGGCGGCGACACGAUCUUCGGCAAGAUCAUCCGCAAGGAGAUCCCCGCCAAGAUCAUCUUCGAGGACGACCGGUGCCUUGCUUUCCAUGACAUUUCCCCCCAGGCACCAACACAUUUUCUGGUGAUUCCAAAGAAACAUAUUGCCCAGAUCUCUGUAGCAGAAGAUGACGAUGAAAGUCUUCUUGGGCAUUUAAUGAUUGUUGGCAAGAAAUGUGCUGCUGACCUGGGCCUGAGCAGAGGUUAUCGAAUGGUGAUCAACGAAGGUGCAGAUGGGGGACAGUCCGUCUAUCACGUCCACCUCCACGUUCUCGGCGGUCGGCAGAUGCAUUGGCCUCCUGGUUAAGCACGCUUUGGGGACAGUUUUCCCACCUCUAGGCAGCGAUUAAGCUCGAAAGUUCCAGUACAUUAAACAGCACGCUUACCUAUGCCUGUGUAUGGAGAGAUUGAAGGGAUUAUUGUAAAAGCCUAUAUGUAAUAAAAGACAUUGCAUGGUU